GGAUUCCUCUUUUGUUACUAAGCAACAAAAAGAGACAUAUCUCAAAUCACAUGUUGAAAUUGAAUUUUAAAUACAAGUUUGGAAUCUCUGUAUUAAAAGUUACGCACAAGUGUGAUCUGGUUAACGUUACCUGCAUAUGACGGAUUUUUUACAUUUGACAAAGUUAAGGAGAGUUUACAGAUGGUAAAACUACCACAGCAUCUCAUAAAAUGUAAAUAAUCGGGCCGCUGGAGAUAGAAACGUUAAACGUUAUUCGCGUCAUGUCUUCUGACGAUGUGUCGAAGAGUGCAGGAAAAGCGUGGGGGGAAAACAUGAGCCCCGGUGAAGAGGUGGCGGCUGCAUCCAAACAUUAUUUUAUAGGGAAGAAAGAAAACAUCAUUCAAACCAGACGAGUGCUGCUGUCAGUUGGUGGAAGAGAUGUUCUAGUGAUGCACCACCAGGGGGGCUUCUAUGCUAUUGAUGCUCGUUGUUACCACUCUGGAGGUCCACUUCAUAAAGGAGAUAUAGAGGACUUUGAUGGACGGCCAUGCAUAGUGUGCCCAUGGCAUAAGUAUAAAAUUACAUUAGAUGAGGGUGAGGGUCUUUAUCAGGCAGUGGACCCUUAUGUGAAGCCUCUGAAACCAACUUGGCGCUCUAAAGGCAUUAAACAAAGAAUCCACACGGUGACAGAGUCUAGCGGAGACAUGUUCCUCACCUUAAACGACUCACCAGGGGCCAUUGACUCUGAUUACUAUCAAACUGAGAAAUAUAGAGACACUAUCUUGAAAGAAGGGCUGAAGAAAACAAAUUGACCUCACAGGACGAGACAUCUGGGGGGUAACGCAUGUAAAACGACACCACUGCAAUUUAGGCUUCACUCUUCAGGGGUCGAAGGCUUCAAGGAUGACUGGAACCUUUUCAUAUACUCCUGCCACUCAUACAGAAGCUUGCUGUGAAGACCAGGUUUCCACAACAAGUGACCUGUUUAAAUGUCUGAAUUACCAAGGCAAUACUAUAAGUGUGUGUACAGAUGGACACAAAAGUUGUUUUUUUUUUUUUAAAAGACAGAUCAUCAGUUCUGAUUUCGAAUGUGAUACUUCAUUCCUUAAAAUGAGUACAUAUGCCCUAAAUACACUGCUCUAAAUAUCUUCAUGAGUGUUUGAAUUCAUUGUUGAAAAAUAAAAUUGUGUUCUUUCAUUAA